UGCCGCAGCAGCCGUUGCCGCCUCCCUGCCUGCAAGUGUGUGAAGGAGGAGCCGAGGGUCGCCGCCGCUGCCACCGCCAUGGGGAGAAAGUCAAGCAAAGCAAAGGAGAAGAAGCAGAAGCGGCUGGAGGAACGUGCAGCCAUGGAUGCUGUCUGUGCCAAAGUGGAUGCCGCCAACAGGCUUGGAGACCCUCUGGAGGCUUUCCCAGUGUUCAAGAAAUAUGACCGGAACGGGUUGAAUGUCUCCAUUGAAUGUAAGCGGGUGUCUGGACUGGAGCCAGCCACCGUGGACUGGGCGUUUGACCUGACCAAAACGAAUAUGCAAACCAUGUAUGAGCAGAGUGAGUGGGGCUGGAAAGACCGAGAGAAACGGGAGGAAAUGACGGACGACCGAGCGUGGUAUCUCAUUGCUUGGGAGAACAGUUCUGUGCCUGUUGCCUUUUCUCACUUCCGAUUUGACGUGGAGUGCGGGGAUGAAGUCCUGUACUGCUAUGAAGUGCAGUUGGAGAGCAAAGUGCGGCGGAAAGGCCUGGGGAAGUUCCUCAUACAGAUCCUGCAGCUUAUGGCCAACAGUACACAGAUGAAGAAGGUGAUGCUAACAGUAUUUAAACACAAUCACGGUGCCUACCAGUUCUUCCGAGAAGCACUACAAUUUGAAAUUGAUGACUCUUCUCCCAGCAUGUCUGGCUGCUGUGGGGAAGACUGCUCCUAUGAGAUCCUGAGCCGGAGAACCAAGUUUGGGGACAGCCAGCACUCCCACGCAGGUGGGCACUGUGGCGGCUGCUGUCACUGAACUCCCAGAGCCACUUACGUCAGAACCUGCUCUCCUAAGGCCUGUCUUCUCCCCUGGUCUCACGUCACUUGCCAGGUGCCCUAAGAGCUGUGGUCUCCUCAACCCUGUAUGUACCAGGUGGCACCCUAAGAGCACAGAACCCUGGGGAGGAGUGGUCCACGCUGCCCCGUCUCCUCUCUCUUGGAAGAGCAGAGUGCCAGGAGGGAAUGGAGGGAGAGGGUGCUACAGGAAGACCACUGCGGGCCGGCAGGAAGCUCCUCUCUUGUGGCUGCCUCCUCACUCCACUCAGAAGGUUCCCCUACUUCCCCACAGUUGGAUUCCUGAUGGACCUUCCCCUUCCCUGGACAAAUGGAAUGUUUUAUCCACUCUUGUGAAAGUUUUAAGAGUCCUGGUCUGGGGUCUGCUGGGCCCCAAAGAGGACUGGACUUUGUAUGAUCCAAGUGCAAAGCAAGAGAGAGAGACCCUGGUUCAGAGAGACCCUGGCUCCCUUACUCCUCGAUCUCAUGGAUGGCGCUUGCGUGGAGACUGCAUAGGCCUUCUACACCAAGAUACAGGGAAGCUCUUUCUAGCCACAUGCUUGUAGAUCCACAGAGUGGAGUUGUCCAGGGACCGGCCAACCGGAAGGCUGCCUCUCUCCAUUGCUGUCAGGGAGGGCGGACAGGACCAGCCAGGUGUCCUGGGGGCUGCCAUGGGGAUGCCUGCUUCUCUGGGCUCUCAGACUUUGCUGCAUUCUAAGCUUGACCUCUUGAUCUCAUGGCGGUGACUUGAGCUUUUAAUUCAAGAAGAAAGCCAGAGGCCCUGCCUGUUCCUCUCCACACUUUCUCCCCUGCCUCUUGCCUCCACCCCAGAUACCUCUGUUCUUAGUCUCAAGGGGGGAGUAACAUCAGGGAGCCUCUUGUCUUCCCCCAGAAGGAUCCCUUGUUCCUGGUGUAGUUGAUACUUUCCUCUCACCUGUUGGUGCUGAUAUCUCUCUGAAGGUGGGAUGUCCCUCCCACCGCUGUCCUCCCUCUUCAGAGAGCCCCCAGCCAGCAGCAGGCCCCUCUGCCUGCACCCCCAGCCUCACCCCUCACUGUUUCAGUGAGGCACUGGUGCCACUGUCCUGGCCAAGCCAGGCCACAGCUCAGCUGCAGCAGGAAUGCCCUUCAGUGGCCCAAACAGCUGCUCUGCUUUUCUCUCUCUGGUGUCAUCCUGUGUCAGCAGGUUGGAGCAGUGGGAGGAGAAGGCCUUCCUCUUAGAGGUGUAGAGGAUGUGGGCUCUGAACUUACACUCAUCCUGAUCUCUAGGCCUUUUUCCUCUUCCAGAAGAAAAACCAAAUCUUUAUCCAGGAAAAAGCACCUAACACCUCCCUUUUGACGUCCCAAGCUUUGCUUCAGGGAAUGUCGUGAAGGUUCUAGCCUUUGUGCAGUUGUCUCCUGGGGGUCCGUCAGCCCCUCUGCUGCUGGAGUCUGCUCACUCCACCCUCUGCCCUUACUCAGGUGGUCUGUCCUGGCAGAUCUCAUUAGAGUGGUCCUUGCUUCUCACCCAGAGUCCUGCCUGCAUAGCAGCCUGUGCUCAUGAGGCCUCGCUUCCCAGCCUGGCCUCUGCUGAGAGCCUGGUGCUGCUCUCGACCCCACCAGCAGCGGGCCUGGCACUCCUGGGAGAGGGCCUCGCAGCUUUACACUGGAUACGGCCACGGUCGCCUUGCCUGCUGGCUCCCUGGGGUUUUACCCCAGUGAGAGUUGAACUUUUUGGGUAGGGGUUGGCAAACUCCUAAGAAUCACAAAACAACAAGAGCACGUUUAGGAAGAGUCUGAUCCCUGUCUCAAAGUACAGAGUGCUAAAUAUUUAUUGUCUUAGAUCAUGAAUUUCUAUACCUCCCACUCAAGGGGACCAAAAGGAACACCCAGUAUAGACCCCAUUUGAGGUGAGCUCAGUUUAUGUUGUCUCUUUCCAGUCAUUGGUAAUGGGAUGCUCAGGGCCAUGCCCUGCUUCCCCCAACCUCUGCAGGCCAUGUCCCAGAGGCGGCAUCAGGAGGUUAGGCUGGGAGGUUAGGCACUGGCUGAGACUGCAGGUGUGGGUGUUGGGCCCUCAUGUCUCAGAUGGCAGUUUCCACCUCCCUUGGGUCUUGGUUUUGAGAAACAGCAGGCCUUUUUUUUUUUUUUUUUUGUUUGGGGCAUGUUAAGAUAUAUUUUUAAGUUUUUUUUUUUUUUUUUUUUUAAGUUGUAUCUGCUCUAUUUCAGGUUAUUUGUUGGUGUCAGAUAUGUAUGGUUCUUUUUAACCCUUUGUGGUUUUUUUAGAGAAAACUUGGAAGAUAAACUUCUUGAUAUAUAUUUUUUUUCUUUAGCAACUUGUUAUCACUGGAAUCAAAGGGAAAAGUGAUCUCUUUUUUGCAUUGGUUGUAUUUGUAUGUCACAAAUAAAAGACACUUUGUUCAGCUGCU